AUUCAAAACUCUGCAACGGAAGCCACUUUUUUUCCUUUACUUUAUUUAGAUUUUGUUUCUAUUACAGGAGAGCAUAUCAUUGCAGGAUCCUUUUUGCGACCGAAUUGUUUUUAAAUGUGAUGACGUAGUUGCGACUGGGUCCUACGCCGAAUAGAGCCCGACUACCGGGGAAGAGUUUGCGACGUAAUUAUAAUAUACCAUAAAACCAGCUGCUGAAGCGAAGUGACAGCCAAAAAGCUCUAGCCAGAUAUUUCAUCGGUAGCAAUUGCACAGUUCGGGAACAACGUCUUUGGUUGUUUCUUUCGGAAUUACACAAGCUCUAGGGAAUUGUGGAGAUGGCCACAACAGGACAAGCAAGUAAAGAAAAUCUUGAGAGCUUUGCUUCACGAAAAAACGAACUAGACACCAGAAUAAUUUCAUCCCAGCAAGCAACUUUACAGGCAACGGGAAACACGACCGUGGAGAAAGCACUUUCUAUGAAUUCCCUCACGACCCAGACCACCAACGCACGUUCUCAUUACAACAGCUCACAAACAUAUAGCACAGAACUGACCAGCGGUAACCCCCAAACUUCGCAGCCGCAAAGACCGCGGAGCGCACCUCAUGAAAAUAACCCAGGCGGCCCGCGAGGGAGCACAGGAAGUGCAUCAGGCGAGGUGCCUCGGCGAAUGGCGAUAUGUGAAGCAAACGACGACGCUGAGCAAGCAAGACGAAGGAUGAGGAUAUACCAAAAGCGAUUUUAACUGCUGCGAUUGCGUUGGCUGUGUCCUGUAUUGUCAAGAAUGGCUUGGUUGAGCAGUUGAGCAGUGCGUUUCACAAAUGAAAUAUUCUUUUGGAAGCUGUAAGAUUCUUAGGAAUCUCAAACAAAACGGAAUAUUCUGAGGAAACCAAAAUAAACUAGAUAGUUUAAACGUGUUAUUCUGGUAAACACGCGACACCGAAACCUUCCCAAGAUGCAUUGCACAGUAGUUUUUACAAUUAGUAAUGGUCUUAACUGAUCGAAGACAUUUGUUAGCAACUUUUAAAAUCUGUUUAAGCUAUAUUUGUACAAAUGAGAUUUUGUUAUAACUUACCCGUAGUUGAAAUGGCAACAAAAGCAAUGCAUUAUGGGUUGGGUGAUUUGGCCCCUUACUAAUGAAUGAGUCGGCAAAUCGUACUGUACCCUGUCCCCAAAAAUAUGCUAGCUGUAAUGUAUUCUUUUUUCGAGCUUAGCUUCGUGAAAAACGAUACAAAUAACUAAAAAGUACGAUUUCGGUUUUUCCUAAAAUCUUUAGGGGGUUUGAGUUUCGCGUUUCAAUUAUCGCAAACAUAAUCAAUGGUUCGUCGCCUGGUUAUAAGACGACGCUCCCUACCGUGGCCAAGCUAACAUAGCUUAUUAGCAUGCGAGAUUCCACAGUUCAGUUUAUUCACAAGAAUUAUAUUACUAGUAGGAUUUAAAUUCUCUUAUGUGCACUGAUGCAUUUCUUUACUUUCCUUGUUGGCUAGUGAUGUUUAUGUCAAUUAGAAAGAAAGUUUCUCGCAUCCUCAUUUAUUAACUAUACAAAAGGUGGCCACGGUAGCGCGCGUCGUAUUGUAAAGACACUGGAGCUGACUUGUGUGACUGUUGUGACACUUUUCCCGACGGUUGUUUAAUUUUAUUAAAAAUAAAAUUAUUUUGGAAAAUAUCAUAAUCCAUAGAAUUAUACCGAAUGGCUUGCAUAUUCUUUAGAAAUAGAAUUGAACCGGUUUUAUUGUAGGAUGGAGUGAUACGAAUGGAUUUAAUUUCUUUAAUGGAUUCGACACAUUGUGAAUCAAGUUGGCUCCAGAGUUCCUAAAGUCAUUUGAACAAAUGAUAGUUAUAUUAAGAUCUCUGUAUCUAUAGAAUAUCUAGACAUCGCAUAUUUCCGCAUGACAACCAAAGGUAUCACGAGCAUGGGUUCUUAUCAGGCAUCAUCUUUAUGCCUUCGGGCGUUCGUUUGGACCCCUUGGAGGUCACGUGACUAGAAUUUUUAAAAGUAAUUAAUUCGCUUGCCAAUAUUCGCUCUAGAGAUAUUAAACUUAUAAUUUGUUA